GGGAAGAUGUACAGGCUUCGUAACAUGUUCUCCAUGCACAAGAAGUCAGUGAUAUUAUGCCUCACUUAUUGAAGAAAUACAUUACUUAAAAAGACCACCGCUCCGACUUUGUAUUCAUCCACACAACCCAUGAAACCUUAAAUGCAUGUUAUAUUUUUCCACUGAAUACACGAAUAAACCCAUGAUACACUUGAUAGGGUAUUUUCUAUUAUUUGCAUUCCAAAAAGUGAGCUCAAGAAAUUUUUUGAUCCAGCAUCAAGUGUUGUACAAAAUUCACGCUGCCUUUAUUUUCUAACCCCGCCGAUCGAUGCUUUCCGGAAAGAAAAUGGGCUUUGCGAUUUACCUUCGGACCUCAAUGAAAGUGCAAAUUGCAAAGAUUGAACAUGACAGAACAGUGAGAGUGUAGUAAAUCCUUCCUUUUGUGCUUUAAUAUGGCUGACGAGCAAGCUACUCAGAGAAAGAGAACUUUCCGUAAGUUUACCUACCGUGGUGUUGACCUUGAACAACUCCUUGACAUGCCUUCUGAGCAAUUCAUGGAAUUGGUUCACUGUCGUGCUCGCAGAAGAUUCCAACGUGGUCUUAAGCGUAAGCCCAUGGGCCUCAUCAAGAAGCUCCGUGCUGCUAAGAAGAACGCUGCUCCCGGUGAAAAGCCUGACGUUGUCAAGACUCACCUUCGUAACAUGAUCAUUGUCCCCGAAAUGAUCGGUUCCGUCAUUGGUAUCUACAACGGUAAGACCUUCAACCAAGUUGAGAUCAAGCCUGAAAUGACUGGUCAUUAUCUUGGUGAAUUCUCCAUCACCUAUAAGCCCGUCAAGCACGGUCGUCCUGGUAUUGGUGCCACUCACUCUUCCAAGUUCGUUCCUCUCAAAUAAGAGAUUCUACUAUUUCUCCUUUUACAACAAAAAUGGAACAGGCGAAGAGUUUAAUUUUAUGUUAUACUCAUAGCACUGAUCCCAUUCUUUUCUUUUUCUGAUGAUCUUCUAUACUUCUUUUUG